GUAUUGGUUUAAUGCUGCUGCAGACUGAUAAGACUGUCACUGAGCAUGGUUUAGCAAGACAACUUUCUUAUCAUGUGGACUGCGGAAUUCCUUAUCAGUCAGAACGGCUUAUCUAACCCGCUCACUUCUAGCUUACUUAAUCCAUCUGUAGUACUAGUAGUGCCACUGAAGGAGGAAGGAGGUGAAACACCACACAAUAAUGUCUAUCAACAGUGAAGCCACGGAACAUACGCCUCUUAUAAGCUCUGACAACCCAGAAUCAGAUGAAUCUGGGUCCAAAUCAGACAAGAUACAACUCUUCAGUUGUAUCUCAGUAGCCCUCUCCAUGAUGACAGGGGUGGGUAUCUUCAUCUUCCCUAACAUGGUUCUACAACAUGUGGAGAGCGGAGGAGCGUCUCUGGUGGUCUGGGCUAUAGCUGGAGUUGUGGCUCUGCUUGCUGGACUCUGUUAUUCUGAACUCAGCAUCGCCCUACCUGGUUCUGGUGGUGAGUUGGUCUACAUACAGAAAGUAUUUGGCAAAGCGCCAGCAAACCUUUUUCUUCUUACUUCAGCCUUCGUCAAGUACCCAGCUAUAACCAUCAUAAUGACACGCACCUCCUUCACCUACCUGAUGAGGUGUUUUACUGACUUCUCCUUCGAGGUUCCACCUUACCAGUUUGUACUAAGCUUGGCUGGCAUUGUUAUAGUUGUAAUCACCUGUUUGAUGGCGUGUUACAGUACUAGACUCUGUACCCUCACAAUCAACGCCCUCAACCUGUGCAAACUAGCCGGCAUCCUUCUUAUCCUCUCCUUCGCAGUCUAUGUGGCUAUCACAGCGCCGGAUAAACAUGAGAUAACAGAGCGGUUCUCGUUCAAGAACACUGCAACUAAUAUCCCCACAAUACUUCUCUCCUUAUUUGGAGCUGUCGCUAGUUACGAGGGAUGGAACUGUCUUAACCUGGUCGCUGGCGAGGUCCACAACCCCCAGAGGACGAUGCCGCUAGCAAUAACAAUAGCAACAUGUGCGGCUAUAGUGUUUUACAUCUCCUGUAAUGUAGCUUAUCUCACUGUGUUACCUUUAGAUGUCAUGAAGGAGUCAACUGCUGUUGCCCUGGAUCUAGGUAGACUGGCUCUGGGACAGACUGGUCAGAUAUUACUGAGUGUGUGUGUUGUGGCGUCCUGUCUAGCUACUGUUCUAGGAUUAGUUCUCUGUAACUCUAGGUUGUUGCAGAGAGCCGCCCUAGACGGUCAAGUUCCUGAAUUUAUAAAGUUCACUCUCAUCCGAACUUCAACCCCCAUCAUAUCAAUACUCCUUCACGGUUUUAUCAGCAGUAUAUUCGCCCUAAUAACCUCGUUAGACGCGCUCACCACUAUAGUUAUAAUAGUGUCCUGGUUGUUCUACAUGCUUUGUUUCACCGCUCAACUUGUUCUGAGAUUCAGAGACAGACUCAAGCCCAGUUUCCGGGUGCCUACACUGAUCCCCAUGGUUCUGAUAUUGUUCAGUUUAGUUUUGAUGGUCUCCCCCGCCCUCUCGAGUGUCGGAAAGUACCGCUCUUUUUUUACUGUGACUGUCAUCCUGUUAGCAAUUCUAACUCCCAUAUCCAUCAUAUCUACUCUCCCUUCUCUACGGACUUCAGGGAAUAAAUUAGUUCAAACUUCAGAGCGUCUAACACGCUUCAUUGAAAGUUCGGGCUCCUUUAGCUGACAUCUUGGAGGGUUUAUAAGUGGACAAAGAAAUCAGACUCCGCCUGUCCCUGAUUUUAUGUUUCCAAUAGUUAUAAUAACGUAUAUUUUAAGUUUAGUCAGCUGAUGCUUUUAAUUUUAGAAGUUUUAAGGUUUGUUUUUAUCGCACUAACAGAUGAUUGGAGUUGACUCAGAGUUUUCCACGAUUUUUUGUCUCUGUGUGAAUUUUAAUACGCUUUUAUCUUUCAAUAACUUGGGUCUGAAUUUUAUGUUAGAUAUAAUGUAUAACACAAUGCCGAGAGUUUAUAACAUUAUUUGCGAAUCUGGAAUUUUGAAACUCAUGAUACAUUUGUUUUCUAC